UUUAGGGAGAAGGGAGAUCAGUGGCAAAUCCUCAGUCAGGGAUCAGAGCUGUGAGAGUCUCCAUGUCUGACAGCUGAGAGGUCUGAGGGGAAUUUCUACACAGUGAACUUGGAUUUAUCAUUGGAUAUUGGUGCAUUGGGGCUGGUUGGACUGCGGGCAGGAUGCUGUGGAAGCUGGCAGAUAAUGUUAAAUAUGAAGAUGAAUGCGAGGACAGACACGAUGGAUCGAGCAAUGGGAACCCCAGGUUGCCCCAUUUGUCGGCCGUGAGUCAGCACCUGUAUAGCCCUGCUCCCCCUCUGUCACAUUCAGGGGCAUCAGACUUCCAACCUCCAUAUUUCCCACCUCCAUACCAGCCUCUGCCAUACUCUCAGUCUACCGACCCCUAUUCCCACCUCGGCGACCCCUUCUCUUCCAUUAACGCUAUCCACAACCAGACCACUAACCAACAGCAGGGAUGGCCCAGCCGACAGAACCAAGACCACUCUGGGAUUUCCCAUCACUCCCGACCCGGCCUUGUCCACCACAUACCUUCCCUGGAUACCGGGAUCGGCAGAUCUGCCAGAGACUCCUACAGACGGCCCGACAUUCUUCUGCAACAUGGACAUGGCUUGGACCCUUCCAAUCUGGCCGAUAACCUGGGAUUGGCAGACAUUGGCCAACAGAUGGACGAGGUUGUGUCGAUGGAAGAACAAAACAUGAUAAUGCACGACCAGACAGUCAUUAAAAAAGGUCCAAUCUCUAUCGGCAAAAACAAUGGGCUCAGCAUGCCCUAUCAAAAGGACGCGCUACUGGGGAUGGUCAUUAACCCGAAUGAAGUCUUCUGCUCGGUGCCGGGGAGACUUUCCCUCCUCAGUUCCACCUCGAAAUACAAAGUGACGGUGGCAGAGGUUCAGCGACGGCUCUCGCCACCAGAGUGCCUGAAUGCGUCUUUGCUUGGAGGAGUCCUGAGAAGGGCAAAGUCGAAAAAUGGUGGGCGGUCCUUACGGGAAAAACUCGAGAAAAUCGGUCUGAACCUCCCGGCUGGCAGAAGGAAAGCGGCAAACGUCACGCUCCUGACUUCACUUGUGGAAGGGGAAGCGAUACAUUUGGCUCGUGACUUUGGCUACGUAUGUGAGACGGAAUUCCCCUCGAAAGCCGUGGCAGAGUAUUUAAAUCGGCCGCACAUGGAACGAAAUGAGAUGGCGAAUCGCAAGAACAUGCUUCUCGCAGCAAAGCAAAUCUGCAAAGAAUUCACCGACCUUCUGACACAGGACAGGACUCCUAUCGGCAACGGCAGACCCAGCCCCAUCCUUGAACCCGGCAUCCAAGGGUGCUUGACGCAUUUUAGCCUCAUAACGCACGGUUUUGGAAGCGCCGCCAUCUGCGCCGCCAUGACCUCUGUACAAAACUACCUGAACGAGGCGUUAAAGAUCGCAGACAAAAUGUACAUGAACACUGGCGACCAAAGUCCUGGCGAAAGCAAAAACCUGGAUAAGAUGGACAAGCACAGAAAAUGAGAACUUUGGUUUUACCACCUCCAUUUUUAUUUUUUAAACAAAUUAGGCUGGAACAGUUCUUCCCUGACACCAGAACCACAGGACUUGGAUCCUACAGAAUUCUCCAUGUUUGUCCUACUAUGGCCCCAGGCUAGUCUGUCCCAUCACUGCCACAUACUCUUGUAGAGAAAGGACUCGUCUGCUUUUGGAAUUUGGAUCCUUAGACCCCCACGUUGGGGCAAAGCCGCCAUUUUCUACACAUUUCAUCUUCAGAAUUCUCCCAUAAUAUCCGUGACCACAGGGAAUCCAGUGACUUCAUGAUCAUGUUCCAGUCUUUUCCUGAUAAAAAAAAGCUACUUUUUUUGUUUAUUGGGUGCGUGCCAGUGUAUGGUGGGAGCAUCUCCAGUGGAUGCGCGAGAGUGCGAGUGUGAGUGUGUUACCAUUAACUGUCAUUUUAUGACUGCUGUUUUUAGCAGCUUUUUUUAAUUUUUAAAAAAAAAAAAAAAUCUUAUCACCAGAUUUUUUUUUAACAUAUGAAAUAUACGAUUUGUUUUAACGAGAUUUUUUUAAAAAAAAAUCUUUUAUUUUUGGCCUCUCUAAGAACGCUCCUUUCCUCCGUCUAGAUCAGGGGUCCCCCAACCUUUUUGGGCAAAUGAUUUAAAUGUAAAACGAGUUGGGGAGCAACACUGGCAUUCAAAAAAAAAAAAAGUGCCAGGGCUGUGAUUGGCUAUUAGGUAGCCCCUUAUGUGGACUGGCAGCCAAUGGGAGAUUCUGAUUGGUAGUAUAUCUGCUUUUAUGCAACCAAAACUAAGCCCCUACUUUGAGCAGGGUCGGACUUGGGGGGUGCAGGGCCCACCAGGGCUACCGCCCCAGUAGCCCCGCACCCCCCAAGGUGCCCCUGCCAGCCACAUCCCCCCCCGACACGCCCCCCUAAAUCCCCCGCAGGGGCCCCCUCCCAACAUCCUCCCCUGAGUGCACAUAAGUGAAACGCGUCAGGGGAGGACACCGGCAGCAACAGGCAUUGGGUCUGGGCCACCGGAGCCCACUAGGGUCCUGGCGGCCCAGUCCGACCCUGACUUUGAGGCAACUGGAGCAACCUCCAAGGGGUUGGUGGGUAACGUUGCUUGGGGGGGAGCCACUGUUUGGGGUCACCUGAGUGCACAUAAGUGAAAUGUGCCAGGGGAGCGGCAAGAGGCAUUGGGUCUGGACCGCCGAGGCCCACUAGGGUCCCAGGGGCCCAGUCCAACCCUGACUUUGAGGCAACUGGAGCAACCUCCAAGAGGUUGGUGGGUAACGUUGCUUGGGGGGAGCCACUGGUUGGGGAUCACUGAUCUAGAUCAUGGAUUCCAUUUUGUCCAACCGUUGUUCAGAGGCACUUGGAGAAACAUUUUUACAAGGACAAAGGAGUCUUUGAUCAGAACUUCUGUUCUUCAUAGGAUGUUCCCUACAGACCUGUUUUAGACCUCUUCUCAAUGUAUAACGUCGCCCUACGAGACUUUUCACCCUACUUGAUAUUUGGCCCCCUAAAUUUUUGAUGUAGAAAAAACAAAAAACAAACUGUUAAAGUUCUGUGUUUUAACUCCUUCAUUGCACAAAGGGACUCCGUACAACCCAAGUUCUGUACUCGUGAGUGUUUAAGGUCCAGAGAUAAAGGGAAAGCUAUUCCAUUUUUUUUGUUUCGAAAUGUACAUAAUUUUUUUUAUUUAUAUGUAAUUUAACGCGUUUUGUACAUAAGGGUGAUACAUUGAAAAAGCGGGAUAAUGGGGAGUUUUUUUUUUUUUUUUUCCCCAAACAGUCUUGUACGCCCAGAUAAAAGUAGGAUAUUUAAUUAAAAGGCAAAAAAAAAAAAAACCAACCUCCUAACCAUGACGAAAAUGUAUAAAUCCUAUAGGAGGAGACUGCAGUUUUAGAUACUAAUUGAUGUAAUCCACCUUUGUGGUUUUUCACUCUUCUACACUUUUUUUUUUUGUAAAAAUUUCCCCCCAUAUAAAACAGUUUAUUAUAAACCUGUAAUAAAUGCUAUUCUAUGCAGAAAAA